AUGACAAAACAGAGAAGGUCUAGCAGUAAAAGGUCUCGGAGUGGCUGCAUUACCUGCAAGCUCCGGCACAUCAAGUGCGACGAGUCAAAGCCCACAUGUCUCCAAUGUCAGCAAUCUGACCACAAAUGCGAGGGCUACGAUAACGCAUCUCAAUCCCAACUACGCCGGAGAAUCGAAGCCGUGCAAAAUGUGUCGCGCAGGCCUCCCCUUAGUGGGGAUCAUCGCAUUAUUCUCCGCCCCGAGACCCGAGAGGAGCGUCGGUGGGCGGACUUCUUCCAAGCUAAGACGGCAGUGGCUUUCUCGGGAUUCUUUGACUCCAUGCUCUGGUCAUAUUUGAUUCCGCAGAUCAGUGAGGGAGAGCCGACCAUUCGCCACGCCGUGGUCGCCAUCGGUGCCAUCCAUGCGCGGUACCAAAUGGCGGCGGAUCAACCACUAGCCGAUCCCUCCUCCACAACCCAGUUUGUUUUGCAGCAAUACAAUAAAGCCAUUCGACAUUUGAUAGACCGUAUGUCUACAAUUGAUAGCCAGAACUGGGAGAUAACAUUGACCACCUGCUGUCUUUUUGCUUGUUUGGAAAUCCUGCGGGGGAACAAAACAGAAGCACUAGAUCAUAUAGACGCCGGGCUGAAGAUGCUCUACCAACAUGAACAGGAAGGGGGCGCAACAGGUCGCACCACAGAAUUGUAUAAGGAACUACGCCGGUUGUACUCCAAAUUCAAUUUGGAGGCUUCGUUCAUGGGUCGCACCUUAUAUCCCUUAGAAACCACGUCCCAGGAUGUUGCAACGAGCGAGUUGGCAUUAACUAAUCUCUCCCACGCCAGAAGCUACCUCGACAACUUGAUGAACAAAGGGCUCGCUUUCAUCCGAGCUGUCGACCUGGACAGAAAGCCCCGCGAUUCACUACUGCAACAGAGAUUAGAAUUAGAACAGUUAAAGCUCUGUUAUGAGUUUGAUAACUGGCUAGUGGGCCUGAACAAGCUGAUCCAGAGGAUGGGCCCAUGGAUCCAGCAAGUUGACCAACGUGCAUCUCUCAUUCUUAAGAUUUACCAUCACACCUCGUUGAUUUGGGUAAAAACAGUUCUGGCAGGCGAUGAAAAUGUCUUUGAUCUUUAUAUUUCUGAUUUCGAUGCGGUUGUUAGCUAUGCGGGAAAAGUAAUCCAGCUCACCGUGGAAAUUGACAAACGGACUAAUAACCAAUCGAUGUUUUGUCUUGAAGGAGAAGUUAUUGGACCCCUCUACUAUGCAGCCAUUAAAUGCCGCAACCCUGCCAUUCGACGAAAAGCCAUCGAUCUUCUACUCCGCUAUGGAAAGAUAGAGGGCAUGUGGAACGCGAGGCGGUAUGCAGCAGUAGCGAAUUUAGUGAUGGAGGUCGAGGAGAGUGCAUGUUCGGGAGUCAUAGAGAGUGAACGGGAUGUGGAUCUUCAUGCUCGUGUUUACGAGUCUCUUCAGCCUGAAGUUAUGGAGAGAAAUCCUUGCCAGGUCCUGUUGUUGUUCAAGCCGGAUGGGGUAGACUCUGAUUUUCAGCAGCGCAUGGAAUUUGCUUUCCUUUAG